AGGAGGAUCAAACCCUUUGGCAACUUUUAUUUGGAAGUAGAAACUGUAAAGUCAUUGGCUAUAUGGCAAGUUAUAGGCCUACUUCAGUAGUAGAAGUCUAUUUAGAAAACGGAGCACGCAAUAGCCUGUUUCAUGACGGACAUAAGACGGCGUUACACGUGGUCAGUAUCAGCAUCGAUUCAACUUCACUCACUGGUCUAAGAAACAAUGAAGAUGGGAACAGCAUUGAUUUAUGACGAGGAGAUGACCAAAUACAAGCUACUCUGGGUUGACCCUGCAUGUAAGAUCGAGGUACCCGAGCGUCUGAUAGUGAGUCAUGAUGCUUUGGUCAAGAACGGCCUAGCUGAUCGCUGUGUCACUGUUCCUGUCCGCGAGGCGACAGAGACAGACAUUCUGCUGGUUCACAGUGAGGAGUACUUGGAGGCAGUGAAGAAGACUCCACAUAUGACUCUGGAGGACCUGAAGGAGUUCACCCAGCAAUAUGGUGACGUCUACUUCCACCCAAACAUCUAUCACUGUGCCAAGCUGGCUGCAGGGGCCACACUGCAACUAGUGGACAGUGUUAUGACCGGGAAGGUGAGGAAUGGCAUGGCCCUGGUCAGACCACCAGGACACCACAGUAUGCGCAGUGCUGCCAGUGGAUUCUGUGUGUUCAAUAAUGUGGCCAUAGCAGCUCAAUAUGCCAAGCAAAAAUAUGGGGUUGAAAGGGUGUUGAUAGUUGACUGGGAUGUACAUCAUGGUCAAGGGGUGCAGUACUGCUUUGAAGAUGAUCCAAGCGUGCUCUACUUCUCAUGGCACCGCUAUGAACAUCAGAAAUUCUGGCCUCAACUUAAAGAAUCAGACUACAACAGUGUUGGCAAAGAGAAAGGGGCAGGAUUCAAUAUAAAUGUACCAUGGAAUAAGGUAGGAAUGAAGAACAGCGACUAUCUUUCAGUCUUCUGUCACGUCCUUCUGCCAGUCGCAUAUGAGUUUUGUCCAGACUUGGUCCUGGUGUGUGCAGGCUUUGACUCAGCCAUCGGCGACCCUGAGGGUGAAAUGUGUGCCAGCCCAGACAUUUUUGCCCACCUCACUCACCUCCUGAUGAACCUCGCAGGAGGGAAACUGUGUGCUGUGCUGGAGGGAGGAUACAACCUGACUUCUCUCGCACAGUCUGUGUGUCAAACAGUGCAGACCUUGCUUGGAGAUUCUGCGCCUCGACCUGCAAACCUCAAUGGUCCCUGUGAAAGUGCACUUGAGUCCCUUCACUGUGUCCGGUCAGCUCAUAGGCGGUACUGGUCCUGCCUCAAACAUGCAGCUGAACUACCCACCUCUGAUAUUAGCACAAAGCGCAUUAAAUUAGCAGAAGAAGAAGAGGAGAAAAGCGUAGAGGAAAAGCUGUGGCCAGAUCCUCCAAAAAGAGUCACUCCUCCUAUCCGCACUGCUUUGGUCCUCCCUGAUGGUGUGGCUUGCCCAGACGGAUGUUCACGCUUCAGCUCAUCAGAGGGUCCUGACGCUGUCAUAGUCAGCAGACUUAAGGAGAAUUUCCUCAAAGAUACGGAUGACCGCGAUGCUCUCACAACCCUCUCCAGUCUUAUUGCCCUCUUAGAGAAAAUGGAGAAGAAUGAGGUCUGCAGUGGCUUGGCGCUGGUCCGUGACGUCUCCAUGGCGAUGACUUGUGUUGUCCAGCAUGCUGCAGCUGCUCCCAGCGACCGGGUUUUGGUUGUGUGUGUUGGAGAUGCGGUGGUCCCGAGUCACGGAACAGAGGACGGCAAAACACUCCUGGUGCAGUUCAGCAACAAGCAGUCAGAGGAACAGAAAAGCAAAUAUUACAUUCCUGUGUGUCUGAAGAAGGGCUGCAGUGACAUGUCAGGGUUCACACAGGCCGUGUUGGGCCUCCUCCUGCCUCUGGGAUACGAGUAUGACCCAAGUCUGGUUCUGUUAGUUCGGACACCAGAUAGUGGGUUGUGUGACGGAGUGUGGCAACAACUAACAGGCCUGCUGCAGGGCCUGGCACAAGGACACACACUGGUACUCAUGCAGGAAGGUGAGAAGGCAUGUGUUGGCCCCACAGCCUCCUCUCUCCUCGGGGGCGCUGCCCCCCCGCUGGGGCAGCUAAGUGCUCCUCUACCAAAAGAUGUGGCGGCACUGGAAAGGCUGAGACACAUACUCCAGGCAGACUGGAAGCUUCUGCAGACUACAGCACCAGAAACCGGAGGAGGUGAUGAGUGCUGAAGCCGAUCCUGCACCUUUUUGUAAAGAAAUCAGUUGAAGCACAUCAAUCAGAAUGGCUAUAUAAAAUGUUAUUGUCUAAACUGAGUUUUUGUUAUACACAUUUUUAAUGUUUUUUAAAAAUGCAUAAUCUAAAUGAAUCACAAAAUUGUCAGAUUGAUUUAUAGCGUCUUUUGAUGCAUAGACACAACACAAUCUAAGUUCUUUAUCUUCUCUGGCUCCGUAAAUGAUUUAUUGUUUACAUCAGUAAAGUCUGCAUUUCCUGGACAAAUACAGGCCUUGAAUUAUGAUGAGAUGACAAACACAAAUGGUUUUCCCAUCAAUAACUCCAACUCUUAUUCUUUUAUUAAUUUACCUCAAAUCUAUCUUGUCAGAAGUUAACAUUUACUCAUUAAUUUGUUGUCACCCAGUGAUUAUUACUGUUGGUAAUUUUGUAAUUCUAAAUAAUAUAGUAGGCUUAUCAAGUAAUUAUGAAUGAAGGGUUAAUGUGUCAUUUAAAUAUUGGCUAUUUCAAUUAUAUUUGAAUAUUUUAUCUCAAAUUUUGUAUACAUGAUUUCCAAAUUGUACAUUCUAAAUAAUGUCUGCGUUGAUCUUGUUACAAACCUGCCAGUAAUGUCCCAUAUGUCUGCAUCCAACAGUAUCUGGAAAAGAUGGAGACGGAGGGUAUAGAAGUACAUUUACUCAAGGACUGUCCUUAAGUAGAGUUUUGAGUUUCGCAUGUAACUUCCCUAUUUCCAUUUUAUGCUCCUUUAUCCUUUUUCCAUUUUACUUAAAUGAUCACAAUACUUAAGUUCAUAGGAUUUUCAGCUGCAUCACAUGGUCUUCAUUUCUUGAGGUCCAGCAUCUUGAACCUUUGAGAUUAGUUUAUCUCCACCAGAUAAUGAUUCAUUUGUUUGAUGUCAUAUUUAACAAUAAAUUAACAAAAUGAA